CUAUAGCUCCAGGAACAAGAAACCACCCAAUACGACGUCUAGCUGCCUGAGGAAUCCACAGAAGGUCGGGCAAAAGCAGUUGAGUUGGGACCCAAGCACCAAAGCUGUGCGCGGUCUGCCAUGAUCUGUGCACUGUGGGCGUACAUAUACGCUGGAGGGCGAAUCCACGGGGGGUUGCUUGAAUCCCGUACUCUUCGUAGUAAAUACAUCCCAGCUAUCUCCCUGACUGGUCUAGGCGUGCGGGGACGUGUCGCGUCUGCGUUCCCGAAAUGGCAGCGCGCAUAUUGCGGAGUGUCCGCACUAACGGAUCUUGCCCUCUGCCCUCACCUUCCGAGAUCCGACGAAAUGCUAAUGGCGCGCAUGAGCCCACAAAUCGGUCACCCGGCGAAGAGAAAACUGCCAUCUUCAAACGGGUGGUGGGCCCUUGCAGUUGGAAGCACCUCGGACGCCUGACAGAUUCCUUAUCUGCCUAUCUUCCGGUGAUUUGGUGGAGUGUCACCCUCGCUAGCCCAAAUCCCUCUGGUCGCUACCAUGACGAGUCUUCCCUCCAGCUUCCAGUUUGGGUCUGCGACGAGUGGCCAGAGCGUCCGCGAUGCUAUCGCGUCGUACCGGCGUGCUCAGUAUCUUGUCGCCGGUUCGACUGCCUCGGUCUCCUCCGACUCCGACCCAUUCGCUACUGACGAGGAAAGCGCACUGGGCUUCGCCGACGUUGAAGACGACGACGCGUUCCUGGAGGGAGACGAGGGAGACGGCGAGGCCACACCUCGCCCAGCAGGCCCGGACGACGACGCCCUGUUCGACUGGGAGGAGCAGCCGCCGCCGGAGCCGGUGGGAACCCCCAUCCUCUCGCGGCCCAACCUCACAUUCACACGCCGCCUGCCUUCCCCGACGCCGAGGACCAACGAACGCAGUCCCCUGCUGCAGAAGAAAAUAUCGUUCACGGCCGACCUACCGCAACCCCGCCGCAAGUCUGAUGCGGUCAACAGCGGGCUUCUCACCGUGCCGGGGAUGGGGCGCGAAGACGUUCCCGGCCACCCCGCCGCGCUACGCCGCCGGUCGUCAGCUGCGUCGGGAGCCGGGAACAAGGUUCAAGUAUACGCCGGACAGAGCACUUUCGGGCAGACUCUGUUCAAUUCUAUCGCGAUCCUUCUCGGCAUUGGCAUGCUCUCGGAGCCUUUAGCUUUUGCGUACGCCGGAUGGGGGAUGGGCACCGUGCUCGUUGUGUUCUACGGCUUCAUCAGCUGCUAUACGGCAAAGAUUCUCGCGAGAAUUAUUCUCUCCGAUCCGCGACUCCGGUCGUACGCCGACAUCGGUCGCAAGGCCUUUGGGCCAAAGUCCACCGUUUUCAUUAGUAUCCUCUUUUGUCUGGAGCUGUUCGCUGUUAGUGUCAUUCUGGUAACACUGUACGCCGACUCGUUGAAUUCGUUGAUACCCCGGUAUUCCUCCAACACUUAUAAGCUAUGGGGGGUUUUCCUUGUUCUGCUGGUCAUUGUGGUUUUCCUCGACGGCGUUACCAAGGCGGAGGCACCGGGCAGUCUCUGGGAGCCCGCUGACACAUCAUUCGGCAUCGACAACUACAGUCGUUUGGGAGUUGCGUUUGGGUUGUUCAUGGCCGGGUUCUCCGGCCAUGCCGUCAUCCCCUCCCUUGCUCGAGACAUGAUGGACCCGAGCGAGUUCGACAAGAUGAUCAACUGGGCUUUCCUUGUUGCGACGUCUAUCUACACACUGAUCGCAUGGGCUGGUUACCGGAUGUUCGGCAACUCGGUCAGCGAAGAGAUCAGCAUGGACCUCCUCGCCACCCCGGGGUACAACGUGGUCCUGAACCAGGCUGCUCUGUGGAUGCUCGUUGUCAGCCCGCUGUCGAAAUUCGCCCUCAACACCCAGCCCUUGAACACGGCGAUCGGUAUUCUGCUCGGACUCGACCGUCCGCUGACAGCGCCGGAAGAUCUCGCGGCGAAACUCGCAGCGCCGCCCCAAGGGACGCGGGUAUCCCUGAAAAACACUUUGUGGGUCCUGCAGCGGGUCGUGGUGACCUUGGCAUCUGUGGUCGUGUCGAUCUACGUUCCAGAAUUCAGCGCUGCCAGUGAGUACUUUGCUAUCACCAGUCCAACAGAGUACUCAAUCGGCUCGACAGUGGCCUUUUUGGGAUCGUUUUCCGCCUUUCUGCUCUGCAUACUGGGGCCGAUUGCCGCGAAAGUGUCGAUCGAACGUCGUUGCGGGCUGUUCGAUGGACUGAUAAUGAUGAUUGCGCUUGUGAUGGCGGUCUGGGGAACCGGGGCUGCUUUCCUUGACGUUUAA